CUACAGUGCUCUGACGUGUGUCACCAGCACAAAGGAGCGGAAUAACACUGCUGAAAUUAAUUAAAGAUCGUAUGUCAAGGCAACAUCGGAGGACAUGAGGAUGCAGUGAAGUCACCGGCAUCAAGUCCACGUUUUCCCCUCGUCGUCAACCCUGUUACGUAAUGUUAAAACCGUGUUCUCGCGGUGUUGCUAAUGGAAGUGUCAGAGUGUCAACAACGGCCAGCCAUCGGUUCGGCAGCACUGUCCGGAGCAGGGAGGGGGGAGUCGAGAGGCUUUAACGUCUGAACAUUUGUCUGAGAUGGGGGAUGAUCGGCCCUUUGUGUGCACUGCCCCUGGAUGUGGGCAGAGAUUCACAAAUGAAGACCACCUUUCAGUCCACAAGCACAAGCAUGAAAUGACAUUAAAAUUUGGUCCGGCCAGAACGGACUCUGUUAUCAUUGCAGACCAGACACCCACCCCCACACGUUUCCUGAAGAACUGUGAAGAGGUUGGCUUAUUCAAUGAGCUGGCCACCUCCUUUGAAAAUGAGUUUACCAAAGCACACGAAGACGACCAGAGGACCAAACACCCGGCUGCACCUUUACAAACACCAUCUGAAGUCAAAGUUAAACAUGAGGGUCCUUUGCAAGUGGAUUCUUCCUCUCCCGGAAGUCCAGAUUCCUCUUCCAGCAUGUCAGACAACAGCCGAGACUCGAGGGAGAUUCUCACAAAGCCGGUGGUAAGCUCUGCACCCACUCCAACCAUUGUACGACCAGGUUCUCUCCCCCUUCACCUGAGCAAUGAUGCACUUCACCCAACUCUGCCGUCUCCAACAUCUGUCAUCACGCAAACACCGCCCUCCAACAGACAGCUCAGUUCCCCAACAAGUGUUUUUCCACUGGUGAGGCUUCCUAAUGGGCAGACGCUCCCGCUGCUGCCCAGUCCUGGUCAGAUGACCUCAGUCAUAUCUCUUGCGAGGCCAGCGACCGCGGUGCCCAACAUCCCAGGGAUCCCAGGACCUCCAGUUGGUGGGGCCAGCAGUGGAUCAUCCUCCCCAUCUGGGUAUAGUCUGCACUCGGAGACCAAGAUGCGGCUUAAGGCAGCUCUCACUAAUCAGGGCCCAGGAGCACAAGAUGGGGCUUGUGGGGGGGCAGGAUCCAUCCCGGCUGUCCCCCAGCGACCGGAACAGGGCCAACAACCCACUCAGAACUCUGAUGCACCAUCACCUGCGCAACCCCAGCAUUCCCUGUCGACCCUCCUUUCUCCCAAGGUGUCCCCUGCUCAGCCAACAGGAGGUCGGCGGCGGCGAGCUUCAGAGAUGGACCCCGACGAGAGGAGGGAGCGUUUCCUGGAGAGAAACCGAGCGGCCGCCUCUCGCUGCCGGCAGAAAAGAAAGCUGUGGGUUAACUCUUUGGAGAAGAAGGCAGAUGAUCUUGCCGGCAUGAAUGUGUCACUAAGUAAUGAAGUGAGCCUGCUGAGGAACGAGGUGGCUCAGCUGAAGCAGCUCCUCCUGGCCCACAAAGACUGCCCAGUCACUGUUAUGCAGAAGAAGGCAGCUUUCUUAGCUGCAGGAGGAGAGGAAACCUCCAGAGAUACUUCCAGUGAACCCAUAAGCUCCCCGGCGGCGGUCAUACAGCACGGGCUGUCGCCGCCCGCCGCGGCCUGCAGUCCCGGGCCCACCAUCAACGGGCUGAGCGUCCGCGCUGCAGAGGCGGUGGCUAUGUCGGUUUUGGCGGGUAUGGGAUCGAGCCAGCCAGGAGGGGUUGUCAUGGCGACGCAGUCGCAGCCAACCCCAAGAUGAUGUGCCGACGCAGGUAGCCAGUAUGAACUCGAGUGGCGUUCGGAGGCUGGACUGCGGCAAAGCGUCUGAAAAAUGGGGAUCCGCCCUAAAACCCCCUAACGGCCAGUGCUGACCACACAAAGACACGGCACAGAGCCCCCGCCGACGCGCCAGUCCCAGCUGUUCAGAGACGCUACGCCACUUUCUCUUUGUACAUAUGAUAACACGCCGGACACUCGCUCUGGGGACGGUUUGGGGUCAUUUCUUGUUCAGUCGUGACAUUUGGAAACAAGUUUUAGAUUGGGAUGAAAAUGUAUGACUGAAACUUCUAAUGUCGCGUUCAUCGGUGUAUUUUCAUUUAACUUCAACUUCAGUCCCUCACGCUGGCUGUGAUGAGGUUAUUUGCUUUCCAGGCCGACAACUUUACUUGUAUUUUUCAUGUGUAUGAAGAUUAUUAUGCCUGAUUCUGGUCGUCGACAUAUUGUUUGCUGAUGCAGUGAAAGUACGGUUAGAGAUUGGCUGGCUGAUUUCAAUAAAUGGCAGCCUGGAAAGUUUUAUUUUUUUAUGUUUACUUUUCAACCUGUCUGUGUUUCCUUUUUCAGGUUACUCUCCUUAAAUACACAUGACGGUUUUGUCAGCCCGGUGCAUAACAAACCACGCCCUCGCUGUGUACACACUUUACCGUGUGAUUUUUACCAUCAGUUUUAACCCAUUUGGAAUGGAAGUCAUGACAUUAGUCCUGUAUGUUUCAAACCUUUUGACUGCAUGGAUUACUCAAGGCUAAAGAAUACCACUGUUUGUUUGUGCUUCAUCAUACCAUCACUGUUUAUAGACCUGCUUCUCUUCUGUUUUAAAACAUGAAAGUACUGAUGCAAAAAUGUUCCUUUUUUAUUUAAGGAUUCCAUCCUCAGUCCAAAUGUGACACUUUUGAAAUGUUUAGCUUUAGAAAGCCUUUAAAUGAUAAUCAAAAUAUUAGAUUUUAAAUCACUUACCCUGGCAUUUCAUUUGAAGAAAUCAGUGCAAUAUAUUUUUCUAUUGAAUAUCAAUGUUCUUGCAUUUAUUUGUUGUGUGAAGCCCAGCCGGAGGGGUUUGGUCUAUUUGAGUUCAAAUCUAAAGUUAUAAGGUGAGCAGAUGUGAAAGAAUGAGAUAGGUGAUGAGUGCUUUCCAACAUUUGAAAAGCUGUCUUGUAUUAUGAAGUAUACCCAAAUAGUUGUCCUAGGUGCUUUGAAAUGAAAUUUUGAAAUGCAAAUUUUAUACCGCUGUACUUCCAAGACUAUCGUGGUUUAUUUCCCCUUGUCUCUGUGUUUUAUUUUUUAUAACGUUAUUUUUUGACAGGUGCUUAUCUUUCUCUGAGGGCAUGUCAGGCUUUUUUUAUCAUGUGAUUAGAAUGUUCUUUUUUUCACACCUACACAUAAAAUAUCUCUGAUGUCUGUAUGGAGAGUUUGUCAAAUACUCAGGCUUCAAGAUGGGAAAAAAACUUGUGUAUAGUCUCAACUAAUGAAGUGGUCUUGGGCAAAUAAUAAAGUAAAUUAAUGAGAAAAAAAAACUUCCCCUU